CCGACAAGACUACAACAGCGUGUGGGAGACGAUGACUGGAUUUCUUAUCCAAUGCUUCCGUCGUCCUCUUCUCUACGGGUGUUGUCGGUAAAUUAUGGAUUAUAUAAAACGUUAAAAUCAAAUUGAGUAUAGAUAGAUAGAUAAAUAAAUAAAUAAAUAUUUUAAUUUAGUCAGUCAUGUAAUCCAUAAUUCUAUUUCACACUACCUGUCAUCUCUGGUCCAGUUGUAACUCUAUAUGAUCUGAGAAAGCCAGUUUGACAUCCUCUCGUUAUUAUUCUCUUCGCCUGCCACGAGUAGGCGAUGACUUCCGCAGCUUUCACUUUCUCUCGAUUCACAUUCUCCACGAUUUAUUUAAUCCCUUCCUGAAUCCGCUUCGUCCCUACUCUUCGCCAACAGCGGAUGCAGUCGCCAAAAGCGCAGUCCAUGUCCGCGUGAGUCUUCGAUGUGUCAAACCAUGUCACGCCUCUCCUCCCUCCCUUAAAACCUCAACUCCUCUUCCCGCCGUAGCAUGCAGAUCAAACCAGAAGAGAGAGUCGUCCUUCCACCACCACCUAUUAUCAGUCAACCCACGUCGAUUCAGCAAAGAACAGCAGCAGUAGCAGCAAAGGGCUAUGUCGGGCUGCUGCGAUUGGCAGCCGUCAUCCUCACGCCUGUCGCGCGAGCAGGAGACCUCCAUCAUCGUCUCCGCGCUCGCUCACGUCCACUCCGGCUACGCCACUGCCCCCGCCGAGCUCCCGCUCGCUGACACCUGCCGUACGUGCGGCAUCGAAGGGUGCCUCGGUUGCGAGCUCUUCUCCUUCGCGGACGACGAGGGAGCCGUCGUGCCGUCCGACAGCAGCGGCUCCGGGGGAUCGAGGAGGAAGGGGAAGAAGGGCAGCAGGUACCGGGGCGUGCGGCAGCGGCCGUGGGGGAAGUGGGCGGCUGAGAUACGCGACCCGAAGCGGGCGGCGCGCAAGUGGCUGGGCACGUUCGACACUGCGGAGGACGCCGCGCGGGCGUACGACCGCGCCGCCGUCGAGUUCCGAGGGGCGCGCGCCAAGCUCAAUUUCCCGCCCCCGGACAACACGCCCUCCUCAAAUCCUGAUCGCUAG